UGACAAAAAAAACAGAAGUGAUACGACCACCUAAGAAGGUAAAAACAAAAGGUAAUCUAGAAAAGUUUUUUGAUGAUUUACCGAAAAUGCCAUCCCACUAUUGUCGUGCAUCAAGUACUAAACUUUAUUUAGAACCAGUUGUACAGAGCAAAUCGAAACUAUAUCAGUUGUACUGUGAGAAAUGUAACGAACAGCAGGAGGUGCCUCUCUCUCGAUGGGUAUUCGAUCAAAUAUUCAUAGAAAAUAAUUUAAGCAUAUUUUUGCCAAAGAAGGACCAAUGCGAUAUGUGUUGUUCUCACAGUGUAGGAAACAUCAGUGAAGGUGAGUAUCGUGAACAUAUAUUAAAGAAGAAUAGAGUCAGACAAGAAAAAAAUCAAGAUAAGUUAAGAGCUGACAAUAAGGAAGUGCAUGUCUUUACACAUGACUUGCAAUCGGUACAGCUGUGUCCUAAACUGGAAGCCAGUGCAAUAUAUUAUAAGACAAAAUUAUGUGUUCACAACUUCACAACAUACAAUCUUGGAAACAAGGACGUGCAAUGUUAUUGGUUCGAUGAGUGUACUGCAGGGUUGGUGUCUUCUGUGUAUACUUCCUGUAUAAUAGACUGCCUGAAAAAAACUCUAGCCAAGGAGGUGUUACCUAUAAUUUUGUACUCUGAUAGUUGCACAGCACAAAACCGAAAUGUGGUUUUAUCUAAUGCACUGCUGGAGUUGGCAAUGGACUGCAACAUCCAGAUAACCCAAAAAAUUCUUGAAAAGGGUCAUACUCAGAUGGAGAUAGAUUCUUCUCAUAGUGCAAUAGAGUGUCAAAUAAAAAGCAGAGAUAUCUACCUGCCAUCACAGUAUGGGUUUCUUUCAAAAGAAGCUCGUCCUAAGCAGCCCUACAAUGUUCAUUUUCUUAGCUAUGACUUUUUCCACGACUAUUCUAAAUAUCUCAUGUACGAUUCAAUUCGACCAGGUAGAGUUGCUAAUGAUCCAGUAGUUACAAAUAUAAGAGUAUUACUUUAUGAACCUGUAGGCCUAAUAAAAUAUAAACUGAAUUUUGAUGACGAAUACCUACGCAUUAUUGCCCAGGAGACCUAAAGCAAGAAGCGUUUUGCCGAAACCAAAGCUGUACCAAAGCAGACUUCCAAUAUCACAGAUAAAGUG